AAACUAUGAUUGAGUGAGUAUUAAUUCAUUCAUUAAUGACGUCAAUAAUGUUUGUUAAAGUGUUGUAAUUAUUGAGUAUUUAUUUGAGUAAACAUUAGGACAAUGAGUGGUCAGUCGGCGUACCGUCGGGUCACUCAAUGGAUGGUUUUUUCGAGACAGUGGUAUCUCUAUGACGCCAAAUGGCAGGACGUGUUUGACUCGGCAGAGCUGAUUGGCCGUCACCUUCACGGUCGACAUAAGCCGAUCUACGAUCCCGAACAAGACUGCGGUGACCACGUGGUGGUGAUUAACGCGCGACACGUGGCGAUGCCGGCCGAUGAAUGGCGUUAUCGUCAUUACUAUCAUCACACACAUUAUGCCGGUGGCAGACAUUGGGCCACAGCUCAUGAGCUGCACCUCAAAGACCCGACUCUUGUUUUAUAUAAAGCCAUUUACAAAGCCGUCGGAAACGUUAAACUCAAGCGACAGGAAUUGAUCGCUCGAUUACAUCUGUAUGCGGACGACAAAGUGCCACAACAUAUAAUGAGGAAUGUUUCCGAUCAGAUAAGACAAUUGAGAACCGUUGACAAACCAAUACAACAAUACACUAAACAACAAAUCAAAGACUUUCCCAAAAUCUUUGAUUAUCCCGAAGAUUAUGCCAUCAAAUAAUCACAAGAUUUUUGU